AAUCAUGAAGCUAAUCUGAUUGGUUCAACUGAUUCCAUUCGCGAAAAGUUGCCGUUAAAACUAACGAAAUAUGAGUGUUUUAUUCUAAAGUUACAAUCACAAUAUUCCCGAUGAUUAUUUAAAAAAAAAAAAAAUAGAUAAUAUCGCAAAGUGAACUCAAAGAUAUACAAGAUAAUGAUAUAAUAAUAUUGAAUAUGUUAGUUUAUUAAAACAUCAUGUCAGAUAAUAACUUAUAUACUACCUAUGGCAUUGAUAGCCGUGGCAGAAUAGUACAUAUUGAUCCUGGUGUUUCACAUACUAACAUAAGACGUCUUCCAAGUAUAGAUGAAACUUUGAGAAGACUGCGUACAAAUCUAAGUUCAGAUCGACAGACUAGUGUAUCUAAUAAUGAAAUGUCUGAUAUACAACCAGCUACAUUAUCAACUGAAGAAACUAAUUUUCAAACUCCUGUAACCAAUUCAAGUGGUCCUGUACUUUCCAUUGAUGUAACUGAUGGGGCAUCAUCUCCUAGUCAUGAUUCUAGUAUUCCAACUUUAACUUCAGAAGAUGAUAAGAGAUAUUGUUGGGUUUGUUUUGCAACGGAUGAAGAUGAUGCAACUGCAUCUUGGGUAAAACCAUGCCAUUGCCGAGGUACAACAAAAUGGGUUCAUCAGGGAUGUAUACAGCGUUGGGUUGAUGAAAAACAAAAAGGUCGUGCUGGUGCACAUGUAGCUUGUCCGCAGUGUAAUACAGAAUACAUUAUCGUUUAUCCAAACAUGGGGCCAUUGGUUGUAAUACUUGAUACUAUUGAUGGAAUUAUUUUUCGAGUAUGUCCUUUUAUUGCUGCGGGCAUAGUAAUUGGAUCUAUAUAUUGGACAGCUGUAACUUAUGGAGCAGUAACAGUUAUGCAAGUAGUUGGUCAUAAAGAUGGUUUAACUAUGAUGGAACAAGCUGAUCCUUUGGUAUUAUUAGUUGGUCUACCAACUAUUCCGAUUAUGUUAGUUUUGGGAAAAAUGCUAAGAUGGGAAGAUCAAGCACUUAGUCUUCUUAGACGACAUGCUUGCAAAGUUCCUAUCCUAAGGCACUUUCUACCUAGUAGUUAUUCUGAUGAUGAUAGAACACAAUCACAAGAUGUUCCACCAAUGAGUGACCCAGUAUCUGCAACUCGCGUACUUUGUGGAGCACUUCUUUUACCAACUAUUGCUAGCAUAUGUGGAAAGAUAUUCUUUGAAAGUGUAAACUCAAAUUUUCAAAGGACAUUGCUUGGUGGUGUGGCAUUUAUAACUAUAAAAGGUGCGUUUAAAAUUUAUCACAAACAGCAGCAAUAUGUGAGACAAUGCCAGCGUCGUAUAAUGGAUUACACAGACAGUAAUGUAGCAUUGUAUAAAAGAAAGCAAAGUUCAGAAAGUAAUCAAACUAGCUAAAUCAGAAAAUAUGCAACAGUAAUAAAUGAAAAACAGUAUAAUUUUACAGAUUGAAGCUAUCUUAAUAUCUGUUUUUCCUUUUCAUUUUAUAAAAUGUCUUUUUUUGUAUUGCAGUAUAUUGCAAUAUUACUCAAAGUCUUAAAAACAAAGAUUUAUGAAAAAUAGAAAAUGAUGUAUAUAGAAAAUUACAUAAAUCCAUUUUUUAAAUUACUAUAUUAUAAUAUCAUAUUAAUUCUGAACAGAUAUAGAUACUAAUUUUUUAAAUGUUGCCAAAAUAAUGAAGGUGCACUUAUAAUUUUUGCAAUAAUCUAAAAUUAUAAUAAAAUAAAUGUAUGGAGUAAUAGACUUUAUUUCUUAUAUUGCACAGAUUAAAACAUUAAAUAUAAAGGAUUAAAUAAAAGUAGAUAAGAAAUUUUUUAAAUUAUUCUUGAAAGUUUUUGUAUUGUGUAAAUUAUAAUAGGUAGAUAUGUGAAAUUGUAAAAAUUUAUAUUACAUUAAUUAUUACUUACAUAUUAUUAUUGUUAUGCUACAUUUUGGUAAAUUGUCAAUAACAGGCAUAUUUCAUAAGCAAAUUUUUAUUUAAUAUAAACAUUUGACUGAUGUAGUCUAUAAAGAGUAAAGUUCAACCCAGAUUCCUAUACAAUGUUGUAAUCGUAUAAACCUUGCUGAUAUUAUACAUUUAUUAUUUUUUAACAUACAUUUUGUAAUAUUUCAUGAUUUAACAUUUUCAAUAAAAAUUUCAUAAUCAAGA